UUUUGCAUUGUACCAAAUAUUUACAUCCGGUGCCACUUCACGCCACUUGCUUACAAAAAUAAUCAGUUCACAAGUCGCCAUGAUUUGGUCCACACUGUCUUUCAUCGUAUUUUUUACUCCCCUCAGUUCACAAUCAGGGCCGCACCAUUUGGGCAAAAAUAUCGUCACCCCAACCAUAACCCCGAGCCCCAUCGUCCAAACAGUUCGACCAACUACAAACCCAAUCCCGGUACCAACCAUCCCGACGGCCAGUGUCGCCACCACAAAAUGUCAAGAGUACAAACACCGAAUUAAAAGACGCGCCUCUGUUGUGACAUACAUUUUUGGCGGGAGUGCGUCCCGAAGCCGGGAAUUCCCCCACAUGGCGGCCUUGGGCUACGGCCAACCAAUCGAAUGGCUUUGCGGUGGUAGUUUAAUUAGCGAACGCUUUGUCCUAACAGCCGCUCAUUGCCUAGCAACGUCCAACCUGGGCGAGUUGGUGAGAGUUAGAUUGGGUGACCUUGACCUCCAAAGUGUCACUGACGACGCCCAACCCCAGGAUUACAGAGUGUCCCAAAAAAUAAUACAUCCCAGUUACCACGCGCCUGCGCAGUAUGACGAUAUAGCCCUGAUUAGGCUGGACAGGGAUGUCCAAUUCAGCCCAUAUAUUGCGCCCAUUUGUUUGGAGACUCAGAAGAACUUGCCCAAUUAUAAUUUUAUUGCCACAGGGUGGGGGAAGACCGAAGUCGGGGGUUCCCAGAGCGAUAUUUUGAUGAAAGUGGAUUUGGAGUAUUUUUCGAAUCAAAUUUGCCGCCAAAAUUACGCCAACGUUGGGAGUGAAUAUCUCUCAAGGGGGGUUGAUGACAACAGCCAGAUUUGUGCAGGAAGUCGCAAGGAUGGGAAGGACACGUGUCAGGGUGAUUCCGGGGGUCCCCUGCAAAUCCGUACCGACGUCCUGUACUUAGUCGGGAUCACGUCCUUUGGAAAAAUCUGUGGCAUCCCAAACAGUCCGGGGGUUUACACGAGAGUCUCGUAUUACAUACCGUGGAUCGAACGAAUUGUUUGGCCCCAAUAAUACAGUUAAAUAAAUUAUAACCUUAAAA